UUCAGGCGCUUUUUUAUUCUUGUUCCUCCUUUAUGCAUUUUUCAAUCUAUUUGUUUUCUUCUCUCCAUUUCUCGUCUGCGUGGCUAUUCUUGUUAGAAUUUUUUGGACUUCUGGAGGACUGAUAAUCCUAGAAGCCAAGCGAAAUGAGAAACCGAGAAGUAAUAAAAUGCCGUGUAAAAAUUCUGGAUCUGCUGGAGGUGCUGCUGUGGUUACUCGAGACGGGAGCUCUUGCAUACAAAAGCAGAAGAGUAGACGAACUAAUGUCAAAAGGCAAUGGGAUGCACAGAGCGAGAAGAAGGAAAAAGAGUUGUCUACAUUGGCAACUUCUCCUAUUGAUUUGGUUAGUAAAACUGUCUUGCUUGGCAAAGAAGUAAAGGCUUUGAACAUGCGCGAGAAAGAAAGAGCAUUCGAUCAUGGAGAGAGUUCCAAUGCAAAAAGGUCCACCGCUGAAUCCAUUCAAGUGCUUAAUGACGACCAUUCGAUCCUAGAUUCUGAUCGAGAUAUCUUGUCAUCAAGCUCAUCCGAUGACGAGUCUGAAAAUUUUGAAGGUGGUGGUAGGAAGGAAGAAGCAGCACAACAGGAUGGGACUAAGGCUGUGCAGUGGACGGACGAUGAUCAAAGGAAUCUUAUGGAUCUUGGACAUUCCGAGAUAGAAAGAAACAAGAGACUGGAGAGUUUGAUUGCCAGAAGAAGAGCAAGAAAGUUAUUCAAAAUGCAGAUUGAGAAAGGCCUAAUUGACUUGGAUACUAUACUACCAAGUCAAAUUGCUCCCCUUUUUAUUGCAAAGAACAAUCCAUUUAUUGCUGAGAUGGACGGCAUGCAAACGCCUGGUUCAGCCCCUUCGGUAAUGUUCCCAGCGAAAAACCCAUUUGACCUUCCAUAUGAUGCAAUGGAGGAGAAGCCGGAUCUUAAGGCAGAUAGUUUCCAACAAGAAUUCACAGCAGUCACCCAGAAAGACAUGCUAUAUUGUAGGCAUGAGAGCUUCUGUUACGGUGCUGCUUACCCAUUAGAACCCAGGAACAGAGCAGUAGAUGGAGUGGGGUUCUCAAGAUUCAGAAACCAAUCAGAUUUGGGACCUCAUGAUAGGCGUAUUGAAAGAAUGCUGUCAAACAAAGGAGAGCAUGACGAGCUUGUUGAAACACUUUUGGCAGAAGUAGAAGCAAAAAACAUCUCCCAUAUUGACAGCAUUUCUGAAGUUGUUGACAGUGAAGCUACAACACCUAAUCAAGUGACAACUUCAGGGGAAGCCAAAGACGAAAGAAGUGGACAAACCCAAAGAGAGACUGAUAUCAAAGAAAUGAGAGAGAUGAAAAAUGAUCAAAAUGUGGAUGUAAUGUCUACUAGAAGUGCAGCUCACAUGGAGCCACAUGUAACUGAUGACAGCAAUGAUGAAUCAACCUCAUCGGAAGAAGAUGAACGCCACUUUACUGCUAAUAGAUCUGGAUUCUCUCAACAUGCAGCCUCAAGAGUGGGACGUGUUCCGCCUAAACCUCUUAACUGUUCAAUUCCUAGCCCAUCAAAUGAAAGGGGAAGAUUGGAAGACCGUUUGUUCUAUGCAGAGAGGGGUCCUUGUCAUACUCCCACGUACUCUAUCGCUUCUGAUCUGCAGGUGGAGGUUUCAGACAUUGGUUCACCUCCGCUAACAGUUGAUGGGGCGAAUUCGCCCACUGAUAGAGAAUCACUGAACUUAGAUGGGGACUUCGAGAGAGAAUAUAUGUGGGCAGCAUCAUCAUCUCAAUCAUCCAGAACAGAAGAAAGUGAAUCAAAAUUCAGGGACAUGCGUGGCUUCAGUGAGAAGGACUUACCAAGCAUGGGAUUUUCAGGAAACAGCUGUAAGAACACCAAGGACGUUGCUGAAUCCUCCAUGCAUUUGCAACAGCCAGAUGAACUAGAUGACAUGUACUCAUUGUCAUCUACAAUGACAGGAAUAAAAGCAGACAGUAUAACCCAUUCAAUGAGUUUAAGGGAUGUCAGACUAGUAGUGGAAGAAGUUGGGAAGCCAAGCACUUCUGGUUUGUCAAAUGCACCUUCACCUGUAAAUCAAGUCGAAAAACUGAAGUCGUCAGAGAAGUUAGUAUCUCAACCAAAGGGAUCAUCAUCUAAUCCUCCUAAUGAGACUACUAAGGUGAAUGCUGUGGCUGCCAACACAAUCAAUGAUUUGAAAGAUGAAAAGAAGAAGAAAGACAGAGAUGGUGAAGCGAAGAGUGGGAUGUCAAAACCAAGUGAGGGGACUGUUGGAGAAUCAAGUAGCAAGGAGGGAGAUUCUGUAAAUCCUGUGAUACAACCAAUAAAGGACAAUAAGAAUUCGAAUAAUACUGCAGGAGAUCCUCAAAAGGUAACUAAAAAUGAGGGCAGCAAAGACAUGUUAAAGCCAAUUGAUGCUAUAAAGAACACUAAUCCAAAUCAAGACAGUAAAGACGACCAACGUACUUCACAAAAUAAAAUUUCUGAGGAAAGGCAGACUUCUAAAGAUCCCAUUGCAUCAGCUGUUCAGCAAAAUUUGGCGACUCAAGAGGAACAAUGUAAGCCUCCGGAGAAGUCCACUGAGGAAGCCAACAUUAUACUGAAAAAAACAGCUGAAGAUGUCUCACCACAAGGAACGGAAAUUGCUGCAGAAUUGAAAAAACCAGCUGAAGAAGUUGGGAUUGUAUCCCAAAAAGCAACAGAGGCUAAUGCAGAAUUGAAGAAAACAGACAAACGAGAUGUAAAGCAAAACGAAACAGAGCUAGCUCCAGAAUUGAAAAAACCAGCUGAAGAAGUUGGGAGUGUACUGCAAAAAGAAGCAGACGCUCCUGGAGAAUCAAAAAAAGCAGCUGAAGAAAUUGGGAGUAUAUCACAAAAAGCAUCAGAAGCUCCUGCAGAAGUGAAAAAACCAGCUGAAAGAAAUGAAAGUGAUUCACAAAAAGCAACAGAGGUUCCUGUAGAAUUGAAGAGACAAGAUGAAAAAGUAGAAAGUGUAUCACAAAAGGCAACAACAGCUGCUCAAGAAUUGAAAAAACUAGCUGAAGAAAUACAAAGUGAAUCACAAAAACCAGCAGAGGCUCGUGCAGAAUUGAAAAGACAAACUGAAGACGUUGGGAGUGUAUCAAACAAACCAAUAGAGGCUUCUGCAGAGUUGAAAAAAUCAGUUGAAGAAACAGCAAGUGUUUCACAAAAAGCAGCAGAGGCUUCUGCAGAAUUGAAAAGAUCAAGUGAAGAAGUUGGGAGUGUAUCCAAAAAAUUAAUAGAGGCUUCUGCAGAGUCUGUAACAAAAAAAGAAACAGAGAUUCUUCAGGAGUUGAAAAAAGCAUCAGAGGCUCCUGCAGAAGUGAAGAAACCAGCUGAAAGAAUUGAAAGUGAUUCACAAAAAGCAACAGAGGCUUCUGCAGAACUGAAGGAACACAUUGAAAAAGUAGAAAGUGUAGCACAAAAAGCAACAACAACUGCUCCAGAAUUGAAAAAACCAGCUGAAGAAAUACAAAGUGCAUCACAAAAAGCAGCAGAGGCUCCUGCAGAAUUGAAAAGAUCAAGUGAAGAAGUUGGGAGUGUAUUGAAAAAACCGAUAGAGGCUUCUUCAGAAUUGAAAAAAUCAGUUGAAGAAACAGCAAGUGUUUCACAAAAAGCAGCAGAGGCUUCUGCAGAAUUGAAAAGAUCAAGUGAAGAAGUUGGGAGUGUAUCCAAAAAAUUAAUAGAGACUUCUGCAGAGUCUGUAACAAAAAAAGAAACAGAGAUUCUUCAGGAGUUGAAAAAAGCAUCAGAGGCUCCUACAGAAGUGAAGAAACCAGUUGAAAGAAUUGAAAGUGAUUCACAAAAAGCAGCAGAGGCUUCUGCAGAACUGAAGGAACACAUUGAAAAAGUAGAAAGUGUAGCACAAAAAGCAACAACAACUGCUCCAGAAUUGAAAAAACCAGCUGAAGAAAUACAAAGUGCAUCACAAAAAGCAGCAGAGGCUCCUGCAGAAUUGAAAAGAUCAAGUGAAGAAGUUGGGAGUGUAUUGAAAAAACCAAUAGAGGCUUCUGCAGAGUUGAAAAAAUCAGUUGAAGAAACAGCAAGUGUUCCACCAAAAGCAGCAGAGGCUUCUGCAGAAUUGAAAAGAUCAAGUGAAGAAGUUGGGAGAGUAUCGAAAGAAUCAAUAGAGGCUUCUGCAGAGUCAGUAACAAAAAAAGAAACAGAGGUUCUUCAGGAGUUGAAAAAAGCAUCAGAGGCUCCUGUAGAAGUGAAAAAACCAGCUGAAAGAAUUGAAAGUGAUUCACAAAAAGCAACAGAGGCUCCUGCAGAAUUGAAGAAACAAGUUGAAAAAGUAGCAUCUGAGGCUCCUGCAGAAGUGAAAAAACCAGCUGAAAGAAUUGAAAGUGGUUCACAAAAAGCAACAGAGGCUUCUGCAGAAUUGAAGAAACAAGUUGAAAAAGUAGAAAGUGUAUCACAAAAAGCAACAACGACUGCUCUAGAAUUGAAAAAACCAGCUGAAGAAAUACAAAGAGCAUCACAAAAAGCAGCAGAGGCUCUGUUGAAAAGAUCAAGUGAAGAAGUUGGGAGUGGAUCAGAAAAACCAAUAGAGGCUUCUGCAGAGUUGAAAAAAUCAGUUGAAGAAACAGCAAGUGUUUCACAAAAAGCAGCAGAGGCUUCUGCAGAAUUGAAAAGAUCAAGUGAAGAAGUUGGGAGUGUAUCCAAAAAAUUAAUAGAGGCUUCUGCAGAGUCUGUAACAAAAAAAGAAACAGAGGUUCUUCAGGAGUUAAAAAAAUCAGACAAAGAAAGUGGGAGCAUAACACAAAAGGAAACAGAGGCUAAUGCAGGUGUGAGGAACCAAGCUACAGAGGGCCCACCAGAAGUGAAAAACCAAGCUGAAGACACUGGAAGCUUAAUGCAAAAGGCCACUAAGACUGCUGUAGAAUUGACAAGUCCAGCUAAAGAAACUGGAAGUGUAUCAGAAAAUGCAACUGGGGCUACUGCAGAAAUGAAAAAACCAUCUGAAGAGAUUGGAAAUGCAUCGCAAAAAGCACCAGAUACAACUGCAGAACUGAAAAGACCAGCUGAAGUAAAUGGAAGUGUAUCACAAAAAGAAAAAGAAGCUCCAUUGGAAAUUAAAAAAAUUGUUGAAGAAAUCGCAAAUGUGUCGCAAAAAGGAUCUGAGGUUGCUGCAGAACUGAAAAAUCCAGCUAAAAAAAGUGAAGAUGUAUCAGAAAAAGCAAAAGAGGUUGCUACCAUGUUGAAAAGCCCAACUGUGGAAACUGGAAAUGUUUCACAAAAAGCAACAGAGGUUGCUGCAGAGAUGAAAAAAACAACUGACGAGAUUGGAACUUUAGCACAAAAGGCAAACGAGGCUGUUACAGAAUUGAAAAAAUCAGCUGAAGAAAUUGGUAAUGUAUCGCAAAAUAAAGUUGAGGCUCCUGUGGAAUUGAAAAAAUCAGUUGAAGAAAUCAAAACAUGACGAACAAAUUGUUGAAGAUGCUGAAAAUGUAUCACAGUACUUAGAAAGGAACCUGAAAAUUCUCCAAGGAAGUCCCUGAAGAAGUUAUUAGUGAAGUUAGUGAUCUCAGUAGUGAGUGACAAUGAAGACGUGCAGGAAGAAGAAAGCCUAUCAGAGGAAGUGAAGGCGAACCUGUGGACUUCACAAAUUCAUCAAAGCCAGUUGAAGCAAGAGGCAACUUGGAAUAGCCUGCCAAGAUGUACAAUACUACAGUGUGAAUCAAAAAUCAAUGUUGUGCACAGGCUGUUGAUUCAUAUUCAAAGUGGACAAUAAAAAGUAAUUUCCUCGUUCAUGCAACUGCUGUAAAGGGAUAGGUAAUAUGAUGUGCAAUCACAGUUUACCUGGUUCAUACGAAUUUCAAGAAGAGUAGAGUAGGAAAGCUUUAAAAGCAUAUGUAACAUGUUAAACUUCAUUUUUCAUUUCCCUCUUUAGUUUGUAGAUAUGUUCUUUGUACCAAGACAUAUUUUAUCCAUUUUUGCAUACUAUAAGAAGCAAAGAAGGAAGCUUUCAUUUUCAGACUGUUAUAUAAUAAAAACCAGAUUUGUCAUAGACAAGUCAUGAACAAU